GUCAAUUACAAACAUAGUCAACCCUUGGUUUACUUAUUUUGGGGUUUAUCUAUUCCAUUCAUUCAUUCUUGCGAUUCAUCAAAUCAUCAAAAUCUGAGAUCGAUCGACUAAGUGUGUGAAGAAGAAAAAAUGUCUCGAUCACAAGAAAGUUUGGAUAAGAUGCAACUCCGACAGAACUACAGGAAUCUAUGGCAUACUAAUCUCAUGAGCACCAUCUCCGCCGACACUCCCUAUUGCUGCUUUUCGUUGUGGUGUGGACCAUGUGUUUCGUAUUUGCUUCGUAAGCGAGCUCUUUAUGGUGAUAUGUCAAGGUAUACAUGUUGUGCCGGAUAUAUGCCAUGCAGUGGAAGGUGUGGAGAAAGCAAGUGCCCUGAACUAUGUCUUUGCACUGAGGUCUUCCUGUGCUUUGGGAACUCAGUAGCGUCUACUCGCUUCCUAUUGCAAGACGAGUUUAACAUUCAGACAACACAAUGUGAUAAUUGCAUCAUUGGUUUCAUGUUUUGUCUUCAACAACUUGCAUGCAUAUUCUCCAUUGUUGCUUGCCUUGUUGGAAGCGAGGAGCUCAGUGAGGCAUCUCAGUUGCUGAACUGCUUAGCCGAUAUGGUUUAUUGCACGGUUUGUGCGUGCAUGCAGACACAACACAAGGUCGAGAUGGACAAACGAGAUGGAAAGUUUGGGCCACAGCCAAUGGCUGUUCCACCCAUGCAACAAAUGUCAAGGAUCGAUCAGCCAUAUCCUCCCAAUGUUGGAUAUGCACAACAACCCUAUGGUUACCCUCCAGCACCACCACCUCAAGCUCAGGGUUACCCACCUGCAGGGUAUCCUCCACAGGGUUAUCCCCCAGCACAAGGCUAUCCAGCUCCUGGUUAUCAGAGGUAGGUCCUUGAAGCUUGUCCAGGUAAAAUGGCAGCGAGUGGCUUUGUGAAUCCAUCUUUUUUUUCAUUCAUACCAUUGAAAACUUGAGACUAAUAUUUUGUGUGAUGAGAAGUGGUUGUACAUGACUUUUAUUGCUUUGAUAUCUGAUUACUCUAGAAUGGUUGUCGUGGUCAUGACUUCUUUGUUAUCAUAUGAGCCCGUUGGGUUUGUUUAUAAAUUAAUGGAUUUUGAUCUUUAUA